ACACACAUUGUCAGGACGGCAAAAACAACAACUCUGAACGUCUAAAACUCGACAAAAACACAACCUUUCACGGACCAUUUAGUAUCCAAACUCAGCGACGGGUAAGAAGAUGCGAGUGUAAGUGAAGACACAGAGAGAGACGAGGUAAGACCACUUUUACAGAGAUACUUCUUGUGUACCUGUAUUUGUUAUUUAAUCGUGGAAUUGUUCUUAUUGCUGCAGAUCAUGGAGGGAGGUUGGAAGAAACUGCUUGUUUUUGGGACAGUUUUUCUCCUUGUGGAGGUCACCCACCAAGAAGGCUACACCCGUAAGUACAUCCUUGUCAAUAAUUUGAAGAGCUGGAUAAAAAGCCAGAGCUACUGUAGAGCGGAGUACGGGGACCUGGCCACCAUAAAUGAUGACAGGGUCAUCCGCGCAAUCAACCGCAUGAAUUGGCGCAAACCCUUCUGGAUCGGUCUUUACGAUGACGUCGACAGCUGGAAAUGGUCUCUAGAAGGUGAACAUUUCUACACAGCAGGAGGGCGGGACUACAGGCAGUGGCAGGCGGAUCAGCCGGACAACGCAGGAGAGGACGAGCACUGCGUCUCCAUGAUGGAAGACAGCUUUUGGAGGGUCAAAAGCUGCACGCUCGUCAAAAUGCCUCUCAUCUGUUUCAGAGAUGCUGAAGCAGAUCCAUAUGUUCUGGUGACCGAGGAGAAGAGUUGGUUUGAGGCUCAGAGCUACUGCAGGCGGCAUCACACUGAUCUGGUCAGUGUGACGAGUCAGAGUGAGAACCAGAAGGUGCGGCGCAGACUGAAGGGCAACCAAACUGUGCCGGAGGCCUGGAUCGGCCUUCGCAGAGACUCCUGGAGGUGGUCGGAUGGCAGCAGCUACUCGUUCACAAAGUGGGGUUUACAGCCUGUUCAAGUAAAAAACUCAAAGGCGUGUGCUUCUAUGCAAAACGGGAAAUGGAACAAGUGGAAAUGUGACGAGAAAUUAAACUUUCUCUGCCAAAAAAUAACGGAAGUGACUGAACCCGGCUCCAUCAGCCAAGCUGAGCGGAGAAGCUUCGACAGUGAAGAUGAAGUUGCUGACUAACGCCGACCUUAAAGAUCCAACCAUCAGACAUGCGCUGUUACAGCAGCUUAAGGCAGCUCUUGGCUUGAAGGGCUUUACUGACGUCGAGCUGCUCUGGAGGAAUUUAAGAGCAGAGCCCCAACCAGCAGAGAGAGAUGCAUGUGGAGAGCAAAUACAGUAAAAGCCUUUUAACCCUGGAACUAAAGGGUCAUUCUGCGCAAAACAAUUAUGAGGUUUUAUUCCAUUUGUUGUUUUGUUUUUGUUGAUUGAUUUGUUUUAAUUAUCUAACAUUAGUGUGUGAAGCAAGUCAUGUGUAUUAGAUAUUAAUCUCUUUUUAAUCGCCAUUUAUAUGGAUGUAAUUAUGCAGGGAAUGGGAUAAAUGUGUUGUAAUCAA